AUGUGUGAACAAUUCUAUCGAGAUAACAUUAUUAGACCAUCACAAUCUAGUUGGGCGUCUCCCGUGGUAUUACAAAAGAAAAAAGACAACACUUGGAGAUUUUGCAUCGAUUAUCGGAAGUUAAAUGAAGUUACCGAAAAAGAUAAUUAUCCAUUACCACGAAUACAAGAAAUAUUUGAUACACUUAAUGGAUCAAAAUACUUCUCAAAAUUAGAUUUUCAUGGAGGAUAUCAUCAAAUACCAAUUGAUGAAUUAGAUAAACCGAAAACUGCAUUAGUUACCAGGGACAAAUUUUGGGAAUAUAAUGUGAUGCCACAAGGAAUUAAAAACGGUCCUCCCACCUUCCAAAGAAUUGUUAAUAAAUUAUUAGGUCGUUUACAAUGGCAUUGUGCAUUAGCAUAUAUAGACGAUAUUAUAAUUUAUUCAAAAUCAAAAUCUGAUCAUUUGCAUCAUUUAGAACAAGUUUUAUCUCUAUUACAUUAUGCUAAUUUUCGACUUAAUGCAGCUAAAUAUGAAUUUCUCCAGAAGAAAAUUAAAUUUCUAGGACAUGUUGUUAAUGAAGAUGGAAUAGCACCUUGUCCUGAUAAAGUUCGCGCUAUUAAUGAAAUACCAACACCAAGUAGUGUUAAAGCAGCAACAUCUUUCAUUAAAAUGGCCGAAUAUUAUCGAAAUCAUAUUCCAAACUUUUCUAUGUUAGCUCAACCAUUAUUUGAUUUAACAAAGAAAAAUGCCAAAUUUAUAUGGAACGUCGAACAACAAAAUUCAUUUGAUAAAAUACAACAAUUAUUAACAUCAAAUGUAUUACUUCAAUUCCCUGAUUCAGAUACACUAUUUGUUAUCCAAGUUGACGCCUCUAAUUUUGGAAUAGGUGCAGCAUUAAUGCAGGAUCAUGGAAAAGGUGAACAACCAGUAGCAUUUAUGUCCCAAAAAUUAAAUAAACAACAACGAAAUUGGAGCGCAACAGAAAAAGAAUGCUUUGCUGUUGUAUCAUCAAUACGAAAAUGGGAUCAUUAUAUAUCCGGACGUGAAUUUAUUGUACGAACUGACCAUCAUGCACUAUGUUGGCUAAACCGAAAAUACAACAACAACCCGAAACUUAAUAGAUGGAGAAUGGCACUUCAAGAUUAUACAUUUCGAAUUGAACAUGUUAAAGGGAAAAUCAACUGUGUAGCUGAUUGUCUUUCACGUUAUCCGGUUAACCCACCAUGUGAUGACGAUGAAAUCGAGCAACGUUCAGUAUCAACUCAAACCGAAAUACAACAAUCAACUGUUGGUGCAGUAACAACUCGUCGAAUGCAUCAACGUUCAUUAGACUUACCUGAUUUAACACAAACAGCAGCUGAACCUAUUCAUCAAUUAAUUCAUCCAACAUUAACAACAGCACAACAUGUUCAACAAUCAGUUAACCCGAUACCAAUAGCAACUCAACUUGUUCGACAACCAGCUAGACCAACAUCAAUAACAGUUCAACCUAUUCCACAAGUAGUUGAUCAAAUACCAAUAACAGAAAAACCGGCUCAAGAAUUAAUUGAUUCAACAUCAACGGUAGUCAAACCUGUACAACAACCAAUUGAUCCAAUGUCAACAAUAGCGCAAAAUUUUCAGCAAUCACCAACGACGGAAUCAUCUCAACAAAUAAAUCUAUCAAAUAGAACUAAUGAAAUUAAAGUUUUUACAAAUGAAGAAUUGAAACAUUAUCAACAACAAGAUGUAUCCAUUAGGAAAAUUAUAGAAGAUAUAAGGAAAAAACGAUUUAGUAGUAAAUAUUGUUUGAUAAAUGGAAUAUUACAUCGUAAUAUUAAUAGAUUUAAUGGAAUUAGGAAGGUACCAGUGGUACCAAAAACUAAAGUUAAAGAUAUUUUAUUAGCAUACCAUAAUUCGUCCAUGAAUGGUGCACAUUUUGGUAAAGAUCGAACGUAUUAUAAAAUUCGUGAACGAUUUUAUUGGCCCAGAAUGUACCAAGAUGUAGCUCAACAUGUUAAAUCUUGUCCAAAUUGUUCAAUCAAUAAAGUUUCAAGAAGAAAACCUAAUGGCCAUUUAAAUCCGAUAAAUCCACCUCAAGGCGUGUGGGAAAAUUUAGCUAUGGACUUUAUGGGUCCAGUUACACCACCAUCAUCAUCAGGAAAUAAAUACAUUUUAGUCAUCACAGACUUACUAUCUAAAUUUGUGGUUGGAAAAGCAACUCGUGAUAAAGCAGCAUUAAGUGCAGCAAAGGUGUUAGUGGAAGAUGUAAUAUUAAAAUAUGAUACACCAAAUCAAAUAUUAACUGAUAAUGGUACACAUUUCACAGCUGAAUUAUUUAAUUCGAUUACAUCUUUAUACGGAAUUUGUCAUGCUUAUACAACACCAUAUAAUCCACAAUCAAAUGGUACUUGUGAAAGAUUCAACUCGUCAAUGUGUGAUAGUUUAGCAGCAAUGUGUAACAACAAAAGAACAGAUUGGGACCAACAAUUAUCAAAAUUAAUAUUUGCUUAUAAUACCAGUCGUCAUGUUGCUACAAAAUUAACACCAUAUGAGAUGAUGUUUGGACGUUUAUGUAAAUUACCAUUUGAUUUACCACAAACAACAACAAUUAUUGAACCAUAUCAAUAUGUUAAACAAUUGAAAGAACAUUUAGAAUUAACAAAAAAAAUAGCUCGUACACAAAUUAUACAUGGUCAAGAAAAAUCAAAACAACGUUAUGAUGCAAAUCGUACAAAUGAAAUUUAUUCAAUAGGUGAUUUUGUUUAUUUUAAACGAAUUGGUUUAGGUCAUAAAUUAACUCCAAAAUAUCGCGGUCCAUAUUAA